UGUCAACGUCAAGUACUAAGGAUUGACAGAAAGACUGACAGAUGGGAGACGUACGAAGCAGCAGCGACUGUAUAAUGAUUAUAUUUUCCUUUAAUUUUAACUGAAUAUAAUAUUUAUUGAAAUAUGUUAUCGGUCCUCAAACAUUGCUUUUUACUUAGUAGCUUGAUUCACUUUAGUAAUGGAUUCUACGUACCCGGGGUGGCUCCGGUGGAAUUUAAAAAAGGUCAGAGGAUUGAAGUUAAAGCUGUUAAAAUGACCAGUAUACACACCCAACUUCCAUAUGAAUAUUAUUCCUUACCUCUAUGUUUACCCAAGAAUGGAACAUUUGUAUACAAAUCAGAAAAUUUAGGCGAAGUAUUACGUGGAGACCGCAUAGUAAAUACGCCGUAUGAAGUCCAUAUGGCAGAGAAUAUAAAAUGCAGGCUUCUGUGUCAUCAUAAAAAUAAUCCCAUAAACUGGAGUGUAGAGGAAUCUGAAAAAGUUGCUAGUCGCAUUGAACAUGAAUAUUUUGUGCAUUUGCUAGUGGAUAAUUUACCGGUGGCUACCAGAAUCACUAACAGUGAUACUUCCGAAAGAAGCAUAGAACAAGGAUAUCGCCUUGGUUUUAUGUCUAAAGGCAAAGCCUACAUCAAUAAUCAUUUGAAGCUAUUGCUCAAAUAUCAUAAGCAUAGCCAGGACUCUUACAGAGUUGUUGGAUUUGAAGUGGAGACUGUUUCUGUGGAUAAAGAUGAUCUCACCUUUGUUGAUGAUUCAUGCCAGUUCCCAAAUGACCCGAGUCCUCAACUUGUCAAUGAAGACACUGGCACAAAGUUAUAUUUUACAUAUUCUGUAGAGUGGGGAGAGUCUGACAUAAGCUGGGCUUCCCGUUGGGAUAUUUAUUUAGGCAUGAAAGAUGUACAAAUACAUUGGUUUUCUAUUGUGAAUUCUAUUGUAGUGUUGUUUUUCUUAUCAGGUAUUUUGACCAUGAUAAUGGUGCGCACAUUAAGAAGAGAUAUAGCUCGUUAUAAUUCUGACGAGAGUAUUGAUGACAUGAUGGAAGAGACUGGCUGGAAAUUGGUUCAUGGUGAUGUGUUUCGACCUCCACCUAAAAGAAUGUUAUUUGCUGCUGUAAUUGGCAGUGGCAUCCAAGUCUUCCUAAUGGCCCUCAUCACAAUUUUUAUUGCUAUGCUUGGCAUGUUGUCGCCGGCUAGCCGUGGUGCGUUGAUGACCGCAGCCAUAUUCCUCUAUGUUUUCAUGGGUCUCAUUGCGGGUUACUACUCAGCACGUUUAUACAACACCAUGAAAGGGAAACAAUGGAAACAGGCCGCAUUUCUCACAGCUACAUUAUAUCCAGCAAUUGUGUUUGGCACAUGUUUCUUUUUAAACUUUUUCAUUAUGGGAAAACAUUCCAGUGGCGCAGUUCCAUUUUCCACCAUGAUGGCGUUAUUAUGUUUGUGGUUCUGCAUCUCUUUGCCAUUAGUGUAUUUGGGGUACUACUUUGGAUGUCGUAAGCAACCAUUCCAACAUCCAGUAAGAACUAACUUUAUUCCAAGGAAAGUCCCUGAACAAGUUUGGUACAUGAAUAUAUUUAUUUGUAUUUUGAUGGCUGGCAUUCUACCGUUUGGGGCUGUAUUCAUUGAAUUAUUUUUCAUUUUCAAUGCUUUGUGGGAAAACCAAUUUUAUUACCUGUUUGGAUUUUUGUUCCUCGUUUUUUGUAUAUUGGUGGUUUCUGUAUCACAAAUAUCCAUUGUAAUGGUUUAUUUCCAACUCUGUGGAGAGGAUUAUCAUUGGUGGUGGAAGAGUUUUAUUGUUUCGGGUGGUUCUGCAGUGUAUAUUUUGAUAUACUCAAUAUUUUACUUUUUCACAAAAUUGGAAAUCACCGAAUUUAUACCAACAUUGCUGUAUAUUGGAUACACAGGACUUAUGGUAUUAACAUUUUGGCUUCUGACUGGCACUAUUGGAUUUUUCGCAGCAUACACUUUUAUAAGAAAAAUUUAUGCAGCAGUAAAGAUUGAUUAAAUUUAUUUAUAGUAGUUAAUAUAAAGUUUAUUUAAGUCUGUAUGUGUGAUGAAUGAAUUGAACAAAGAUCUUUUGCUGUUUAAUCUUGUGCAUAUGUAUGAUUUGUGUAAAUAGGUAAGUUUGUAGUGAACAUUGCAUUUUAAAAGCAUAGUUUUAUCUGAUUUUAAAUUAAGGUUCAUUUUGUAUUAUUUUGAUUUUAAGAUAACAGAAACACUGCCUGCUUUGUUCGUGAAUUUCACUAAAUCUCCGAUUUUUGCAAAUACCUGCUGUCUCAAACUGUUACUAUUUCUCAUUCUCAUCAUUAUUAAUUGCAAAAAUACUUAGUGUUUUUAAGUUACUCUUAUUUGAAUUUCAAAACACUCAUAGUGGAUAUUAAAAUCUUUUUAGAGGUACA